UGACACGCUCGGGCUGCGGCUGUAAAUGAAUUUAUGUUGGAUAGAUUUGAGUUCCUUCUUUGUGAAAAGCUCUGAUGAUGUCGUUUCCCUGACUGCCAGCAGGUCACAUUCAGACCUGAGGUACUUCAACGCUGAUUUCCAAGAACUGAUUUAAGGAGGCUCAUCUAAAUUUAACAACUUCAUCUCCUUUUGUUACGGUCUGAGUUCACUCUGUCUGCUGAUUGGCUGAUGUUACCUCUUUUGCAAAGUAUAAAUACAGGAAGCCCUCAGGACCAUUACGGUCAGAAGAGUCAAGUUCUUGCUUCAACAGUGUUUGAACGGAACUUUUGAGCUACAAAGCUAACUUUAAGCUUUAUUUUUGUUGUUUUAUCGACAAAAACAAAGAAACCAGCUAAAAUGGAGUCUCAGGUGCGUCAGAACUACCACCGCGACUGUGAGGCCGCCAUCAACAACCAGAUCAACCUGGAGCUGUUUGCCUCCUAUACCUACACCUCUAUGGCCCACUACUUCUCCCGUGAUGACGUGGCCCUUCCAGGUUUUGCUCAUUUCUUCAAGGAGAACAGCGACGAAGAGAGGGAGCAUGCUGAGAAGCUGCUGGCCUUCCAGAAUAAGAGGGGAGGACGCAUCUUCCUGCAGGAUGUGAGGAAACCAGAGCGUAACGAGUGGGGGAGCGGCCUGGAGGCCAUGCAGUGUGCUCUGCAGCUGGAGAAGAACGUCAACCAGGCUCUGCUGGAUCUGCACAAGCUGGCUUCUGAUCGCCAAGAUCCUCUUCUGUGUGACUUCACGGAGAGCCACUACCUGAACGAGCAGGUGGAAGCCAUCAAGAAGCUCGGCGAUCACAUCACCAACCUGACCAAGAUGGAUGCCAGCACCAACAAGAUGGCAGAGUACCUGUUUGAUGAGCACACCCUGGGGGCAAGAAGUGAGAGGGCCUAGAGGUGAAAACAACAAACAGCAUCUGCUGCUUCUCUAAACAUCUCAACGAUCACUGAAGCUCUCAGCUGUGCCGACGCUCUGUUGGAGAGGAUGAACGAGUGUGGGCCUUGUUCUACUUCCUGUUCUGAUCGUCUGAAUUAGUGCAGACGUCAGCAAUGCUGGAGAUAAAGCUAAAUAAACGUUCUUAACUAAACUUCAC